AUGAAAUUAGCAAAAUACACUCAUUCCCAUAGCCAUUCCAUCCAAUUGCUGGAGAAAUGCGCGCUCACGGUGCACAAUCUGAACAUCAAUGUAAGUGAAAGGCUGUGCAGUAGGCGAGUUAGUUGGUCUUCUUCAUGGCACACAAUCUCGGUGGAUAUAGUUAAGGUCAGUGGUGACAUCGAGCAAGAUGGUCAGUGGUUAGAGCGCGAAUUAACUGACCGAAAGGUCCGUGGUUCGAACCUCACCUCUGCCUCUCGAAUUCCUCUGUCUACGCUUGGAAAAGGAGAAACGCGGAUGUGGAAGGGGCACAAACACUACAAUCACUCCGAGAUGCCUAAACCUCCAGAGACUCAUUCCGGCAAUUUGGACAUAUGUCAUUCUGGUGAGUCCACACCAAAGGGGGAGAAGCACUGGACUCGAGUUUCGCGCUUAUUGAAGCCCACCAGCAGUGCAUAUCCAACAGCCGUGCCGGGGUCUGGACUCCGCACAUCUGUCGUGCGGGGCGAGCGUCUUACCACUAAUCCACAAGCGCACGCUUGA